AUGGAAUCUCUCUUGAAAAACCUUAAAGAACACGUUACAUGCUCGAUUUGUUUGGAUACCUUCACCGAACCCAAGACAAUCGCCUGUCUCCACACAUUUUGCUGCGAAUGUUUGAAGAGACACGCUCUGACUACUCAGCGAGAAGGAAAGUUUCGCUGCCCCGAGUGCCAAGCACAAGUUGGCGUCCCUGGACGCUUCGAUCAACUACCGACCGGUUUUCUGCAGAACAGUCUGUUAGGACUUCUCGCUGUACAACAAAGUGGCGAUGGAAGUGAGAUCAGUUGCGGUAGCUGCAGGAAAAAAAGUGCUGAGACAAGUUUCUGUUUCAAUUGCGGAAAAUUCUUGUGCCCUGACUGUGUAAACGCACAUGAACUACUUAGAAAUGUGGCUUUUGACGGCCACAAGGUAAGAGCGAUCAAGCAUUUUCAAGCUGAAGACUACGAAGCUUUAUUGAAACGGCAGUCGUUUUGCUCUCAGCAGUACCACGAGCGAGAAGUAACACGGUUUUUUUGCCUAGAUUGUCAAACUUGUGUUUGUCAGGUUUGCGUGGUCACGGAUCACAGGAAUCAUGCUAUUGAUCCACUUGAUAAAGCAGCUGAUCACGAGAAAGCUAAAAUCAUGGCAGGAACGGAGCUGAUGAAAGGAAAGGGAAACAUUUGCAGUAAUGUGAUUCGGGAAUUUGAGGAAACAAUUCUUAGUCUGGAGACCAACAUCUCUACCGCUAAACGCGAAGUUUCCGAGACAGCCGAGCAAAUCAUCACGAAGGUUCGAGAACGAGAGAGAGAGGCUAUUACCGCUCUCGAGAACACACGCGUGUCUAGAACUGAGAAAUUGAACUCUUUAAAGACAGAAGUGCAGUCGUUGGCGAAGCAAAUCAACCAAGCAAUCGAGUUUGCCGAAUAUCUGGUUCAAAGAAGCUCUAGCUCCGAUAUUUUGCAAAGCAAGAAGUCGUUGGAAAAACGAUUUGACGAUCUUGUAAAUCUUAACAAUACCGUGGUUCCAACUCUUCCCGCAGUUUCUUCAUUUGUGAAGUUCUUUUCCGCCUCCGAACCAGUGACGCUAGGUUUCAUAGCAACUACUGAGCCAGUUGUAGAAGGACUGAAACAAGAUUUCCAAGCGGGUGUGGAAGCAGAAUUGAUCGUUUAUCCGAAACUGACGAGGGAAGCACAAGGGAAAUUUAUCGUUGACGUUGCUAUAGAACCUGUCAAAAAAGUGGGUAGUUUGGUGACUUGUGAACAAGAAGAUGGAAAUUAUCAUGUCCUUUUUACACCUAAGAUGCCUGGCAAUUACCACUUUCAAGUAACUGUAAAUGUCGGCAAUCACAGUCCUAAGAGUAUUUUCACUGAACAUAUUCAGGUGAAGGAACGACGACUUAAAGUUGUGGGAGAGUUGGAUUUGAAAGGAGAAACCGUUCAAAGUCCAAGUGGAAUCGCUGUGAACAGCAAAGGGCUGAUUGCAGUAGCUGACUGUGAUGGUCAGUGUAUUCUUUUAUUCGAUAAAGCAGGAAAUUAUCUACGAAAAUUUGGAGGAACGGAUAUUGGGCAACUUGGUACGCCAUCCUGCUUAACAUUUAUCAAUGAUAGCGUGAUUCUAGUAGCAGAUCAGAUAAAUCACUGCAUUCAGCAGUUUAAUGUUCAUACAGGGGAAGUAAUGGAAGCUUUUGGAAAGGCUGGAGAAGGAGAGAAUCCAAUUAGUGUUUCUAUGGAUAGUGAUGGACGCGUUGUUGUGACAGACUGCGUCAACAGCAAAAUACAAGUUUUCACAAAAGAAGGCGAGCCAGUGUUAAGUUUUCGAACAAGUUUUCCCACAAAAUGUAUUUCUCACCAAAACACGUUUAUUGUUACUAACUCUGACAAUCAAUGCAUCAAGAUAUUCAACAGUUCAGGGAAGUUUCUCCGUAAGAUUGGAGCACAAGGCAAAGGUGAAGGAAAGCUGGAUUGGCCCAGGGGUUUUUGCAUAAUAAGAAGUGGAAAUCAACACAACAUACUUGUUUGUGACUUUAACAAUCAGAGAAUAGUACAGUUUACAAUGGAGGGUUUUUUCACUGGUAAAACUGUCGCUAAACUACAAGGCCCCGUUGGGAUAGCUACAACUCCAGAUGGAAGGAUUUUAGUAUCCGAUACUAGCGCGAAAAAAAUAUACAUCCUUCGUUAAAAAAAUGACCGUUAAAUGAUUUUUAAAGUUAGACAUACCAAUCAAUGAUUUCCAAUAGUACGAAAUGAAGAGGAGAUUCUUUGUUUCAUGCAUGAUCCGUGACUAUAAUCAUAAAAGAAAUACAUGAAAAAACUGUGUUUUAUUUAGCAAACCGCAAAUAUGUAAAUAACCUUUGAAAUGUUGAGCGAUAUGCAUUUUUAAGAUCCAUAGUAUAGGUAUGUAUAAGUAGUGUUCGGUUCGUUGUUUUACGACAAAUGUACGCCAAACUUUAAAAUUCAUCUUCGAAACAAACACAGGAAAUGAGCCCCUGUUGCUUUUAAGUAUUUUCUUUGUUGUAGAGGUAAUAUGCCAGUACUUUGUUCCUUUCUUACCCGGUUAUAACCAUGUUAACCAGUUGCCAAAUAAUAAAACACAUUCUAGAUAAUAUUCAAAAUGAAUUCCAUUUGCCUUUAACUAGGACACAGUCCUUCCAAUUCCAUGACUUACAAAGUUAGCUGAACUUCACCACUUGCAGGAGACUACAAGUGCAAUAUAUUAGCUAAUAUUUUUAUACCCUUAAGUGAUCACCACUCUAUAAGAAGUAUUCUGAGUAUUAUCAUAGCAAGUUGAAAAUGUUAUUACAAUUUUGAAGUCCCUUGAAAUUUUGCACUUUGUGACUUGAGGCUUCACUUGACACCACUGUCGCUCAAAAAUAGCAUACUAAUGUAUCCGGGGGGAGGGACAAUGGUAACUUUUUAUACUCGUGUGGAGAAUUACUUUUCUUGGGUUGGGGGAUUUGUAAACGUCGUUGUGCAAAUGGCGGGAGUUCCCCGGGGUCACUCCCCAUGGCUGCUGAUAUUCAUAAGUACAUUAUGCAUGGGAUACCCUGUUCACUAAAACAAACAAUGCCAACAGAAGUAUUGAUUAGUAUGUUCUAAUAAAAUAAUUCUGAUAAAGUUCAUGUGCAAAUUAGCGUGUGGUGAAACUUUUACGUAGAAAGAUUCACUAAUAUGAAAACUGAGAUGCGUUUUUCCUAGAAAAAUCAGAAUCCGGAUUCAAGAUAAAUGACAGACAGAAUAAAGUCAACCAGACAAACGAUAAAUCACCAUGGCAACCAAACCAGUGCGGCAAGACAAUAGCCCACGUUCGAUGUAUUAAAAUUCCAGAUGACUCCGAGGCUUUAGGGUCAAAAUUGCAAAUUCUUCUCGACUCCAUUAUCUCAUAAUUCCCAGAAGAGACUUGAGCACAAAGAAAACAAAACCAAAUAUAGCAAAUGACCAGAAAGCCUCGGAGUCAUGUUAGAAUUUUAAUAUAUCAAACGUGGUCUGUUUCCCGCGACGAUCGUUAGUUUCCAAGAGACAAUAAUCUAACGACUCUCUUUUUUUUCAGAUUCCAAUUCCAUUAUACAGUAGCCUAUGACUAUCUAUUGGCUCCUACAUUAUAAUCAUUAAAUGUGAAUGAUUUGAUUGCUCAGCAUAAAUACUGGGCUGCCCGUGAGUACAACGCCCAAUCAAGAAAGGGAGGCCGCCUCGACUGUCCAGCAAAAAGACAAAAUGGCGGACGGAACUCCCAGAAAGCUUUGCGUGUCCCAUUCCCCUUUCAGUGGGGCCGAUUUUUGCGAGGAGGAGAGGUGUCAUUUCAGGUCGUCUGGCGAACAGAUUUGAAAGUCGAUUGAACAACACAAAAUUAUUGCUUAGAGUUAUUAGCCCUAUAUCUACGCCGAAUAAGUACCUAAAUACAGUAUUCGAUGAUGUUGUUAGCCUUUGCGAGAGCUGCAGAAACAAUGCCAUCCCACGGUCCCCACGGGAAAAGCUUAAACUUGUUGCAAUUCCCUCGCUGCGUGUGAAAAGACUUUCCUUACAAGAAAGGAAUAUGCUAUUUGUAGAUCGCUUUAAAUGCAAUAUCCGACAGAAAUAAAACUGAAACUUAAUUUACUUUACGAUUUUUAACAAACAGAAAUUCAAUACUGUUAAAAAAAAUAUUUAAAACACCAAAAUUAACUCUGUCACAUUUUAUAAGCGUAGAACGACAAUAAUAUUUGAUGUGAAAAACAAACAUAAUGAUCCGAGGUCAGAGGGUUAAUCUAACGCCCCUCUGGUUGGCUACUAAAUAAGCACGAAUGCAAAUUAUACUUAUUCAAGUUUCUCGGAAAUCAAAAAUAACAUUUGAUUGUGUUUUACUAAAGCACGUCAGUCAUUUUGCCCUAUACGGUGAAAAUUUACAAUGGAAUCUCUUUUAAAAAACCUUAAAGAACACGUUACAUGCUCGAUUUGUUUGGAUACCUUCACCGAACCCAAGACAAUCACCUGUCUCCACACAUUUUGCUGCGAAUGUUUGAAGGGACACGCUCUGAAAACUCAGCGACAAGGGCAGUUUCGCUGCCCCGAGUGCCAAGCACAAGUUGGCGCCCCUGAAAGCUUCGAUCAAUUACCGACCGGUUUUCUGCAGAAUAGUCUGUUAGGACUUCUCGCUGUACUAAAAAGCCGCGAUGGAAGUGAGAUCAGUUGCGGCAGCUGCAAGAAAAAAAGUGCUGAGACGAGUUUCUGUUUUGGUUGCGGAAAAUUCUUGUGCCCUGACUGCGUGAAUGCACAUGAACUACUUAGAAAUGUGGCUUUUGAAGGCCACAAAGUCAGACCGAUCAAGCAUUUUCAAGCUGAAGACUACGAAGCUUUAUUGAAACGGCAGUCGUUUUGCUCUCAGCAGUACCACGAGCGAGAAGUAACACGGUUUUUUUGCCUAGAUUGUCAAACUUGUGUUUGUCAGGUUUGCGUGGUCACGGAUCACAGGAAUCAUGCUAUUGAUCCACUUGAUAAAGCAGCUGAUCACGAGAAAGCUAAAAUCAUGGCAGGAACGGAGCUGAUGAAAGAAAAGGGAAAAUUUUGCAAUAAUGUAAUAUGUGAAUUUGAGAAAACAAUUCUUACCCUGGAAACUAACAUUUCCAGCGCUAAACAGGAAGUUUCACGAACAGCGGAGAAUAUCAUCUUGAAGGUUCGAGAACGCGAACAGGAAAUUAUUACAGCUCUCGAGAACACACGUGUAUCGAGAACAGAGAAAAUAAACUCUUUGAUGAAAGAAGUGCAGUCUCUGGCGAAGCAGAUCGACCAAGCAAUUGAUUUCGCCGAAAAUCUUAUUCAAAGAAGCUCCGGUGCNCGAUCAAGCAUUUUCAAGCUGAAGACUACGAAGCUUUAUUGAAACGGCAGUCGUUUUGCUCUCAGCAGUACCACGAGCGAGAAGUAACACGGUUUUUUUGCCUAGAUUGUCAAACUUGUGUUUGUCAGGUUUGCGUGGUCACGGAUCACAGGAAUCAUGCUAUUGAUCCACUUGAUAAAGCAGCUGAUCACGAGAAAGCUAAAAUCAUGGCAGGAACGGAGCUGAUGAAAGAAAAGGGAAAAUUUUGCAAUAAUGUAAUAUGUGAAUUUGAGAAAACAAUUCUUACCCUGGAAACUAACAUUUCCAGCGCUAAACAGGAAGUUUCACGAACAGCGGAGAAUAUCAUCUUGAAGGUUCGAGAACGCGAACAGGAAAUUAUUACAGCUCUCGAGAACACACGUGUAUCGAGAACAGAGAAAAUAAACUCUUUGAUGAAAGAAGUGCAGUCUCUGGCGAAGCAGAUCGACCAAGCAAUUGAUUUCGCCGAAAAUCUUAUUCAAAGAAGCUCCGGUGCUGAUAUUUUACAAAACAAUAAAUCUUUGAACAAGCGAUUUAAAGACCUAAAAGAGACUCCAGUUGCAGCACUUUCAGUUUCUUCAUUUGCCAAGUUUAUUUGCACUUUUGAACCAGAGAAUUUGACUCUCGGCGUUAUAGCAACCAGUGAACCUGUUGUAGAAGGAAUGGAACAUGAAUUCCAAGCUGGUGUGCAAGCAGAAUUACGGAUCGUUUCUCCAGUUGUGAUAAGUCAAGCACAAAUGAAAUUUUGCCUCGACGUUGGCAUAGAACCAGCUGAAAAAGUUGAAAGUUUGGUGACUUGCAGAAAAGGAGAUGCAUAUUCCCUGGUCACGUUCACCCCUAAGGCGCCUGGCAGUUACCACUUUCAAGUUACUGUAAAUGCCGGCAAUCACAGUCCUAAGAAUAUUUUCACUGGACAUAUUCAGGUGAAGGAACGACGACUUAAAGUUGUGGGAGAGUUGGAUUUGAAAGGAGAAACCGUUCAAAGUCCAAGUGGAAUCGCUGUGAACAGCAAAGGGCUGAUUGCAGUAGCUGACUGUGAUGGUCAUUGUAUUCUGUUAUUCGAUAAAGGAGGAAAUUAUCUGCGAAAAUUUGGCUGUAAAGGAACGAAUAUUGGGCAACUUAACAUUCCAUCUGGCAUAACAUUUAUUAACGACAGCCAAAUUCUAGUUGCAGAGCAGUCUAAUCACCGCAUUCAACAGUUCAACGUACACACGGGAGAGGGAGUGAAAGUUUUUGGAAAGGAAGGGAAAGGAGUGGGCGAGUUUCAGUAUCCAGUGGAUGUUUGUUUGGAUGGUCAAGAACGCGUUGUUGUAGCCGACAUCAACAAACCAGAAAUACAGGUUUUUACUAAAGAAGGUAAACAAGUGUUCAGUUUUGGUCUGGGAACUCUGAAGUGUCCCAUUGGAUGUGCAUUUCAAGAAAACACGUUCAUCGUUUCUGACGCUCGGAACCACUGCUUAAAAAUAUUCGACAGUUCAGGAAAAUGUUUCCGUAAGAUUGGAGCACAAGGCAAAGGUGAUGGACAGUUGAACUGGCCUAUGGCUUUGUGUGUUGAGAAACGUGGCAAUCACCACAACAUUCUUGUUUGUGACUAUAACAAUAAAAGAAUUGUACAGUUUACAAUGGAAGGUUCAUUCGCUGGAAAAACUGCCACUAACCUACAGUGCCCCGUCGGGAUAGCUGCAACUCCAGAUGGGAGGAUUUUAGUAUCCGAUGGUAACGCGAAAAAAAUAUACAUUUUACAAUAAUAAAGGAAACACUGAAGUUAUUUUUAAAUUUAGACGUUGAUCAAUUCUAUUUGAAGGUAAUGAGGAACUUCUUGUGCUUCUCGACACGUAACUAUAAAUAUAAUCAUAAAAUGGGGUACAUGUAAAACCUGUUUUUUACAAUCUAGAAGUGUGUGUGUGUUUUUAUAAAAACCAACUUUCUAACGUGGAAUACUCUUUUUACUGAAAAGUAGGAACAGUCAUGUCGGAAUAAACCUUUCUCUGCAAAUAAACAUGAAUAAAUCUUCUGUGCUAAACAGACGGCCGCUUCUUUUCGUGCUGCCUUUGUUACACAUAUGCAAAUGGCUGACCUUCUAGUCUCUCUUGUCUAGCCGUAGGCCCCGCGUCUUACACUUCUGUUUGCAACGGUACCACUUGAGUUAUCACUUGCAUUUUCUUUUUCACACCGGUUUACUUCAGUGAAGUGAAAUAAAAGCGUUAAAGGUAUGCUUAAAAAAGUUCCAAAAAUAACAUAUAGUGCUUUAAUAUAAAGCUUCAAGGUUUUUGUGCGAGGUAGACGAUGUCAAAGCUGAUGACAUCACAAGCGGCAAAUUUUGGCAAAUGCAUUCGAGUGUUUUCCUUUCUUUUAUGCACUUUAUAUGUUAUAAAGAAAAAUUAUCAUUUAUCCAUUUGCCGAAGAAGUCGAAAAGACCACAAUGAAGACAAAACCAUAAACAAUCUGUAAAGUUUUGUUUAUUUACAUCCUGUUCUGUCUGUCGGUGGCGCCCUCUGGCUUGUAUAAAAUGUGUCCUUGAGGUUCACAAUGCAUAAUCAGGACUCAUCAACAAUGUUAUCUUUGUCUCCCCAACGUGCAAAUUUAACCUUAAUUUUUUCCUUCCCAUUAUUUAAAAAAUUCGCUCCAUCAACCUCUUACAUUUCGACGACAAUGACACAAACUUGAACUCCUGUUUUUAAUCGAGAGGAACAAAUCCGAUUCUCCGCGGGAAUACUAGCAAUUGCUCAUGUUUCUAGCGCUUUACAUGUAAAUCUAACACGUUGUGUUGGCGUUUCGCAUGCCUUCUUAAGUGAGUAGUGCUGUUAGUACGGUAAUCAGAGUGCUCACAUGUCAGUCGCUUGAAGGAAAAAGCUACCGUGAACAAUUUUGGAAGAACAGUUCCCAGUGCCGAGAAAUACGGCUGCGAGUAAAAUAGUAAUCUCGUACCCAGUGUAAAACAGAGUGAGAUCUGGGUACGAGAUAAGUAAAAUAGGAAAAGGCGUCAUUUUGUUGCCAUGGUAACUCUGACGUCAUUUUAACCCUGAUCAUAACAAUUUUUUAUCUUUAUCUAAUACAGCUGUGUUGGUAAUUAUUCCAAAUUGUUGUUAAUGGCGACGUAGUUUAUGCUCAAACUUGGGAGGUACUGACCCUGAAAAAACCCGAGUCAGUCAGUCCCAGACGUUCCUCCUGGCGAAACGUCCCUGCGGGCGAGGAGCUAGAAGAAACGGCUGUAUUCGCAGGCUAGAGCCAAGAACUCAUUUUAUCAGUAACAAAAAUGUUCAUUAAACAUAAUAAAGAAAUCAUGAACAAAAGUGCCGUGUUUAGGUUGAAGUUAUCCUUUCCAAACGUUUUGGGUCCCUUAAUCAGUGGAAUUACUCAUUUUAUCAUCCUACUCUUCAAAAGUGUAGCGUGGGACCAGGCUCCGCAGUGGGGAAAAAAGGCAACAAACGGGUCAAAUAGGAAAAAUAUCGGCGAGCGGUAUCCUGGGGAGGGGGAAAGGGCGGCUUACUCCCCUCUCCAGACUUCCUUUUCGCCAACGCAGAUUUUUUUCUCCUUUUUCCCACAAUGCCGAGCCUGGUCUUAGGCUACAAAGGUGCUGCUCUGGCUUGGGCUUGAUGUUUUGUUCUGUCCUUUUAAAGUUAAAAUUUUGUAAAAGGUGACAACUGGUGCGAGCCACUUUAAAAACUACAAAAAUGCUAGAUAGCAUGCGCAACUGGAGUCUAGUUCCAGACCUCCACAAAGCCCUUCGUGAAAAGUGCCUGGCGUUUUUCGCUCUUCUUCUCUUGCUUACUCCAGACUGAUACCCCUAUCAAUAAUUGUUCUGGCAUAUUUUUCCUUUGAGAACCAAGAUGGAAGCUGGUUGAUUGCACCUAUCGUGACCUAGUUCUAAUACUGUGUAAAGGCAAGGAUUUAGAGGUGAGGCGGCGUAUUAACAGGACGUUAAAAAACAACAUUCAUAGUGACCUCAGGUCGGUACCUACAGUAGUAUGCAUCGUCUUUUGUCACUGUCUUGUGGUUCUUUACAACCCAGUCAUCUUAAAGCACUUCAGGAGUAUGGAGUCAAAACUGGUGAGUCUGUGUUUGUUUCAGCCCUAGCCUUUUCCCUUAGCUUGGCCUUCCUGAAAAGGUUUUUUAAUAGUAUACAUUGUACGCUCUGUCCUCUGGAUAAGGGUAUUUUGGAGUCGCUUCGCUUUUUGGGGCUUCCUCUCCCUCUUUGGAGUCCAGGUUCCAGUUGUUCAAAAGAUGGAUCACGCUAUCCACCUUUCAAACAAAUGGGGCCAUGUCCUAGUUGUUCGUAAGGUGAUUAAAGCUAUCCACUGAAUAAAUCUCUAUCCACUUCAUAUCGCAAUUGGUUUUCCUUAUAUUUAUCCUUUGCAUAAAAAGUUAUCCCGUUGAUAGUGCCAGCCAACGUCUAAAAAACUGGUCCCAGAUUUUGUCUUCCCAUUUCUAGAGCUGUUCACUCUAUGUAUUUUCAGUAGUUAGCGUAUUUGAAGGAGUACACCGCUGGGUGUUGCAACUCCUUUACGUUCCAGAGUGUUUGAAAUGGCUAGUUUCCAGCCUUGACAAAGUGGUUGAUUCUUUUGCCUUUGUAAUGUGCAAACUUUUCCUUAUUUUGGAGGAGUAUACAUGUGGAGGCUGUAGGAUUUAUGGUUUUUACUUUCAAAGUUGGUACUGGAAGACUGACUGAGGGCCAAGUCUCCCAGUAGUCUUGGGAUGCUGGAAAUUUAGAAGACUUAGCUUGAUAGGGAAAAUAACAGUACUAAAAAGCCUUGUAGCAUCCCAACUGGUCUAUAUACUCACACCUUUGCAAACGAAUCACCAAGCAAUAAAAGAGAUCAACAAGCUUUUUUUCAAUUUCUUAUGGAACGGCAAAAAGAAUAAAAUUAAACACUCGAUCAUGAUCAAUGACUACCCUGAGGGAGGACUAAAAAUGAUUGAUAUUGCCUCUUUUAACAAAUCACUCAAGGCUACGUGGAUUAAAAAGUAUCUAGAUUCAGGAAACCGUGGCAAAUGGAAAAACUUCUUUAAUCUGGUGCUGGGAAAAUAUGGGGGAAGUCUUUUUUUCGAAUUAAGAAAUCUUAACAGAAAGGAUAUUGAUAAGCUAAAGAUAGAAGACCCUUUUAUCAAAGAAAUUGUAGAAAUUUGGUCUGACACUUUCUUCGAGAGGAAAGUAGUAUCAAAAGAUCAUUUUCUAUCUCUAUCUCUGCUACAAAAUUCAUUAAUAAGAAUGAAUAAUGUACCAGUUUUCUGCAAUAAUUGGCUUAACAAGGAUAUAACAAAAGUUAAACAUCUAAUGGACGAGAAUUCUCUCAACUUUUUUUUCCCUCGACCAUUUUCAGAACAGAUAUAACAUUUGAGUAAAACCCUUAAUGUUUUCGGAAUCGUCUCAGCCGUGAAAUCUUUACAACGAUAAAUCCCGAGAACACAUCAGCAGUAUGAAAGUCCUCUUAACACAUUUCUCAAAAGCCAAAAAUAAUCUAGAAUUAUUGCUUACAAGCAACUAAUAGCAAAUAAGAAUGAAAAACCCAUAUCUUGUAUAGACAAAUGGCAUAAAGACAUCCACUCUUCAACCGAUAAAAAUGUUGACUGGAGAAACGUUUUUCAAGCAGCAAACACUUGUACAACGAGCUCAAAACUAACUGAUUUUAAUUUCAGAUUUUUACACAGACGUUUACCAACUAACAGCUAUCUGCGAAAAAUAGGAGUUAAAGAGGACGGAAAAUGUACUUUUUGCCAUGACGAGAAAAAGGAUUUGACGCAUCUAUUUUGAAAAUGCCAAAAAACCAAAAAUUUUUUGGGAUAAUUUCUCGAUAUGGCUUCAGUCGUGCCAGAUCCUCCAACCAGGCAGUUACUUAGACAUGACUACCACUUUGGGCCUAACGCCAGACAGCUCUGCCUUUAAGCUCCAUAUAAACUUCUGUUGUCUUAUAGCUAAGAACUUUAUCUGGAUAUGCAGAUCAAAAGAAUGUUUCCCAAUUCACAACAAUUUCUUGUUUUAUCUGAGACAUAUAUACCAAUUAGAAAAAAAGACAACGCGCAAUGCAAAAAAAUGGAAACUUUUCUUUUUCUUGCUGGGUCUUGUCCCCUUACUCCAAAAACAUAAAUAGUAAUAUGUGCACCUACCAUGAAUAUUUAUAUUACUUUCACCCCAAAGAAAGAAAAAAAAAAUGUAAAAAUUAAUAAUUAUUAUAGAUCAUACUAAGUACAGUAAUAUAUGAAAUUAGCACUGCUGUAACGUAUUUUAAUAUUUGUAAGUAUAUUGUCAUGUAAGUGUGUAAAUUCGCUAUUUGUUUUUUUUUUUUUUUUUUUUUUUUUCUUUUUUUUUUCUGUAGUUUUUUUUUUUUUUUUUUUUUGUUUUUUUUUUUUUUUUAAAAAAAAAAUGUAUUAAUUUUUUAAUAAAGUUUUUUAAAUUAUUAAAACAUCAACUCGGUGGAGUCCCUGAAAAGGGGGGGGGGGAGGGGGGGGGGGGACCCGGGAAAAAGGGGGGGGGGGUAUGGGAGAAGGGAGAAGAAGGGGGGGGGGAAGCAGGAUCUCUAAGAUGGUGGGGAGAUAGUUUUUUUUUUCUUUUCUGUGUGUGUUUUACUUGCAUUAAAAAAAAAAAGUCUCCCAGUAGUCAGAGGUUUCAAUAAAAGCCAGUUACCAGCAGUCUUCCACCACCUGUAAUGCCUCUCACCGCCAUCUGUUCAGAUUGUAUUUAUAAGAUUUCUAGAAAUAAAUAAGUAAAGUGAAUAAAGUUCAAGAGAAAAACAAAAAGAGAAACAAACAACAACAUCAACAUCAACAAUGACAACUUGAAAUGCAAUGGCUAGCGGUGCAGUUAAAAACUGAACUAUGAAGCCUCAGUGUCAUGGAAAAGCAACAUGGUGUCUAGAUGACGAAAGCUGAACAACACAGAAGACAAAUCUUAGUGUAUUUAGGAGAUUUUUCUAGAACUUUGACAGGAACCAGUCUUUGUCAACUGGCAGGAAUAAGAGUAUUAUUUGUUCAGGAUUGAUUACCGGUAUGUAAAAAAUUAUCCGCUGAUCGAAGACUAACGUCUGAAUCCAUAAAAUAUGCUGGUGGAUAACGUGUUUAGUGAUCAAUAAAUAUUGUUAUAAACAGCACUCUUUUUGAUGCCCAGAGCACUGGGAAUAAGUAAGAUUUCAAAUUUUCCAGGGAGAGCAGGCCCCCAGACCCCACUAGCAGGGGCGGAUCUAGGGGGAGGGUGCAGGGGGUGCGCACCCCUCCCUGAGAUGACCUGCGGUUUUCUAAUACAACUAGUAUUCUGCCAAAAAAAAAAAGAACUAUGUGGUUUAUUGGUGUUGAAGUAGAGCAAGAGACGAGUGCACCCCCUCCUAAAAAAAAUCCUGUAUCCGCCCCUGACUAGGGCAAAGGGGCUUAACAGUGCUUUUUCUUGUCACUGCUGCCUAUUUUACCAUUGGCAACUGCUUGUUAAAAAAAUUAUUGAAACCCCUGCAGUAGUAUUAUUGGUAUUGUUUGUGGAGGGCCCCACUGAGAGAAUAAUUAUAUAUUCUAUCAGACUAGUCCCUAGGCAUUCUUAGCUUGGUCAAUCCUGGACUCUACCGUGAGCUGUGACGUCACUGAGAGAUACUUGCCGAGCGUUCUCUGGCCCGCUCUCUCCCAGACUUCGUGCAGACAACGGAUCAAGAGAGAACGCCUAGGGACUAGGCUGAUAUUCUAUAAACAUGUGUACAAUUUUCUUAACUUACCUUUCAGUUGCUGAUUUCAUAUCCUGUAAUGUUGAGAGAUUAGCUCAGAAGAUUUCAGUUCCUGAAAUGGUAUGGUGAUAUUAAACAUCCUUUAAUAUUAUUGAUAUCAAUUGGUGCAGUUGCACACACCACGACUGAGUGAGUGACGUAAGAAAAUAAUGUACCCACUCUCCCACAGGAGGCAUUUUUAGUGUCAAGUAGUCACAGUGUUGAAUUUAGGAAGUUGAAUUAAUAGGGUAUCUUAAUAACUCUUCUGCCAGCCAUUAUUAAAAACUAUACUAUUUUAAUUUAAAUGAUUGUUCACACAAUUACAAUAACACGUUAAUUUUUUUUCUUACAAAUUGAAUGUAUACAUGUGUUCAGUUAGUCUGUAUUUCACUUAGAGACAGAUGAUGGAACAGCUUUACAUUUCCAUACACCAGUAAUUCUGGAGUUUUUAAAAUGAAAAUUAAUGUGCAAUAUACAUGUGCUGCUUAUUUUCUUGUAAAAAAAAAUGUUUCCAUGAAUGUAGGUAAGUUUUAACAAAGUCAUAUUUUACCCUUUGGAAAAUAAGUGCAUUUGUUGGCAGAUUGAAUUGCUGUAGUUACAGUAUUAUAAGAAAACAAGGUUAUAGAUUUGUUUGUGAUUCCUUCUUAGGUACUCUCUUCCCUUCAACAAACUAUCAUUGUUCAGAUGGCUGCAUUUACACUUAAUGGAAGUGACUUUUAUGAUGAUAUGAUGUCUAGAUUUUGUAUCAUCUCAUCAGGUAACAACAGAGUUCAGGGCUUUCACCAAGAUUUCAACUUUGUGGGUAUAUGCAAUUAGUAGGUGGGAAAUUGAACAGCCAGGAAGUUCUUUUUGUUCAAUUUUUCUCUCGUUAAAAAUGAAAGUAGCCACUGGAAGUUACGCUUAGAAGCUGGGGGAAACCCAAUGCUCCCAGCUGUAAGUGACAGUAAUGAGCGAUGCAGAUAAUUUCUCUUUUUAUUAAGGACUCACCCCUGUAAAGCCAACCAGAUCACCUGUUUAGCUAGAGAAACAGUUAGCUAAGAGUUCUUUAACCUAUUGUACAUAAUGCUGGUUUGUUAUUUUCAGUAAGUACUAUAUAUGUUUUCAUGUUUUAAUAAAAAUAGUGUGUGUUCACGGUUUUCAUAAUUUGAUGGUGAGACCCCUCCUCUCCCAUUGAAAGUUUCUAAAAAUCCUGAGUAGGGACUGGUUGGGUAUGGAUAUUUUCUGGAACCAGCAAUUUCUACUUCUAAUGAUGGUUUACUUUUGUUUGAACAGGUUGUGAUAGGUAAGUACUGUAUAUUUUUAAAUGUCAGGACCAUUUCUGAUUAUCAUUGUGCUGUAAGGCUGUCUGUUAUUAUUUUAUAGAUGAAAUUAAAUUGCUGUAUUAAAAAGAAAUUAUUGUUUGUAUUAUAAUAGGUUUUCAACACUAGUUAAUGUUUUCUUGAAAUACAAUUAGGCCUUAAGUGUACCUCAGGGAGUUUGGGGAUCAGGGGGGCAAGGGUGUAUGGUCUUAGGAUGGGGUUAUAACUUACGUGAAUUUAAAAAAAUCAAAUUAGAGUCAUUAAUCAGCCAAUGUUACACAUGUAGGCAUCACUACAAAAAAUGUAAAGGUAAGGUCAUAGUAUAAGUGAAUUUAGUUGGUUGUCUUUUCUUUAGUUUAGAUGAACUCCUUGAUGGAGGGUUGUACUCUGGAGAACUGACUGAAAUUGUUGGAGCAGCAGGUGCAGGAAAAUCUCAGGUAAAUCUCCAGACAAAAAUAAAUAAUCACAUUCCUGUGAUGUGACCAUUCAAAACACACCUCUUUGCAAACCUUAUUUUAGAAAAAUAAUUUUACAAUCAACAUGACUCAAGUGUCAAAUUUUGAAUUUGGAUUUUUUCUGUAAGUAAACUGAUAAUUUCUAUUGUUUUGUUUUGUUUCGUUUUGUUUUUUUAGAUCUGUAUGAAUAUUGCCUUGUCAACUGCAAUGAAAACAAAAAAGAAUGUUCUGUAUGUAGACACAGGUGGCUCAAUGAGUGGAACCAGGAUCACAGAGAUGUUACAAGGGUGGAACAGUUCUUUAGAGGAUCAGGUAUAAGUAUGGAUUACUCUGAGGAAUUUGGUCACAAGCCAUGAAGUCUUGAAGAAAAUAAGAAUGCAUUUUAAUUGGUUUUUACUUCAUGGUGUAAUUCUCUAGGGUUUACAUUCAUCAUUUAAUCAGCAGCCAUUCUGGCUGUGGUCAUGUGUUCUUCCAGAAAAUAUCCCAACUUCCCACAUGAAAGAUUUUUUUGGUUAGAACACCCCACACUGCUUACAAAGUCUAGUUUUGCUUCAUUCAUUCCUUCAACCCAGGUGAAGGUGGGUAAGGGAUAAACUAGUUGCCCCAUGCAGUUAGCUUUUCUGUUGAUCAAUGUGUUUUGCUUCUUUUUCAGGAAGUGUGUGACAUAUUGUCCAGAAUAUCAGUUAUUCAAGCCUUCGACAUAUUCUCAGUAGUGGAUGUUCUUGAAGGUGUAAGACAAAAGCUAAAUGUAAGAAUUCAAAAUAUGAUGGGGUAAAAAAAUUGAAAAAAAUGUUCUUUAUUUGAGUGUCAAAGAGGCCCUCUAUGUGGGGUUAUAGUCUGAAUUUCAAAACCUCUUUUUUUCUUGUACAUGUAUUGAGGCCGGGAAGCCAUGUUGCCGUCAGUAUUUACUAAUGUAUUUGCGGUUUUUUUGUCGCUGUCACAGUUUCAACCCAUCUUUGUGUCGUUUGUCACCAUUUCAGCUAUCUUAUGUUGCUGUUUCAAGGCCAUAAUGCUUGUCGUAAUUAUACGCUAACAGGACGUUGUCAAUGUAUCUAGCAUGAAAGUUACCAAUUGAGGAGACUAUCAGGAUUGCCAUUUCAUGUGGUCAUCCAAGCCACACAAAGGUCCAGCCUUUUCCAGGGCAAAGACAAUUUAUACCUAAUUCAUUUCUCGGUUAUUUUAAGACCCUGUCCGGCUGUGGGAAUCAAAACCACGACCUCCCACUCUGUAGUCAAGCGUUAGAACUACUGACUGAGCUAAUCCUGUAUUUAAUCCUGUAUGUANAGGUCCAGCCUUUUCCAGGGCAAAGACAAUUUAUACCUAAUUCAUUUCUCGGUUAUUUUAAGACCCUGUCCGGCUGUGGGAAUCAAAACCACGACCUCCCACUCUGUAGUCAAGCGUUAGAACUACUGACUGAGCUAAUCCUGUAUUUAAUCCUGUAUGUAUAAUUACUGAUGUUAAGCAAUAGAUAUUUAGAGAAAGCAAUUCUCUCAAAUGUUUAACUAUAUCAUUGCUUGUAGGCUAUCUGGGUUAGUUACAGAGAACUGUGUCUUACCCUGCGAAUAAAAGUCUGUGGUGUUAUAUUGCCACUGAAAUCGUAUUUUAAUGGAUGAAAUUUGUACUUUGUGUGAAAAUUCUUAGCAUUUGUGAUUUUAACAAACUUACACCUCUGUAAAUCAUAACUCUUACUGCAGCAGCAUUAGCUUAGUCGGUAGAGCACUUGACUGCGGAGUGGAAGGUCAUGGGUUUGAUUCCCUGGACCGGACCAAUACUCAAGGUCUUCAGUAAAAUAACUGAGAAAUGAAGGUACUCCCUUUGCACUGCAAGCGGCUAGACCUUCGCGUGGUUCAUCAUUAUUAAUCAUUAAGGUCAUUAUUUUUAAUUUAAUGUUAUGCUUUUCUAGACUGAGGAAGAUGAUGAUGAAAUGAAGCAUCUAAGGAUGAUAAUAGUGGACUCAGUUGCAGCUGUGGUGUCCCCCAUUCUGGGUGGCCAACAAAUUCAUGGUAAUAACAUUAUCUUUUAGAAAUAAAUCUGUUUUGGCUGAAACAUUAUGCAGGUACGCAGUGGACUAGAAGCAAGUGUCAAAGGGCAGCCCUUGUGCCCAAGUUAUUCAGUCUUGACUACUAACAAAUAAUAUAGUAAAACCGUACAGUUUCAAAGAACUCAUUCUAAACGGCUAAAAUUUACCAGUUAGACUCCCCAUAUACAGCUAUUUAGCCUAAAAUUUGAAACAGGUACAAUGUACAUGUAAAUUACUUAUUUUUUAAAAAUUAUGUUUAAGUAGCGGUAAUGUUAUUGUCUGGAGGAGGACUUCAAUAUUUAUGUGAUCAGGGCUUGAUUGUUUCUUAUUAUAGUCAUUUUUACAUAAACACAUACUUUGUGCACUAUAAUGCUACUACACUGUACUAUCCCUGCCACUACUGCUACUGCCACUGCAACCGAUUUCACUACCGUACCACCACACCACCACAACUGCAUUUACACGCUCUACAUCGUUAUUUGAUGCAAGUAUUUUAAACCUGUCCCUGGACUCCAUCUAAUUGUGAUUCUGUCUUAUCUCAGGUCAUUCCUUGAUGGUGAAUCUUUCUAGAAUCUUAAAGUCUCUGGCUGUCGAGCAUUCAGUUGCAGUUGUGGUAAGUAUGACAGUUUGUUAGAUCAGUUUUGUGUUAACAAUGAAAAAAACUUCACAUGUAUCUCCCUACCUAAAUUGUUAUUUUUAAGAUUUGUCAUGCUUGAAAGUGAGUCCAGUUAUUCAGUGACCUUCAAACGCAUUUUGAGUGUCGCAAUUUGUUUCGUCAAGAGAGGAUUCCUUGUUAUUAUCCACUCUCUUUGGUGCUUUUCAGGGGUAAGAGCGAGAGUACAGUACGACAGAUUGACAGACCGGUGUGCUUUCAACCCAGCUGUACUAAUGGGGCAACAAUAGAUAUGACAAGAAAGGAUAAAACCAAGAGAGGAUAAAACCUAUCUUUUUUUGUUUCCCCGCUUGAAUUAUCCAUAGGGAAGAGAAAUCGUUAUUAAUCUGCCAAGAAAAUCCCAAAGAGUCUAAGCAACUUUUAGUUCCGAGUCCGUUUUUAUUAAUACGUCACUUUGUACGUUUCGUUUUUGGUCAUGUACCGUCAGCUAACCUACAGUACAUUUAUCAAAUCAAUACUAGUAACCGGUAUUUUUUUGUGGUAGCUUGUGUUGACACUGCAAUUUCACAAUGACAGCAAAGUUUCGUGAACAAAUGCCCAAUAAUUUCUUUUUUGCAAUGAUAAUUUCACGAUAGCAGUGCUAUCUUUUUGACAAAUGUACUGCAGUUCCCCCGCCCCGACGCUAUAGAAGUUUCAAACUCUAGAAAAAUUAUGGAUACACGCGUUCAACGUUGUAAAAGGGGUGGGGGGAGGGGUUGGGCAAACUAAUGGAAAUCUGUCCCCAGACUUUUGUCCAUGAUUAUAGAAUUGAAACAGAAUUACAAUAUUUAUAUAGACUAGGUGAUUAGAUUGACUGAUUCACUGUCUACAAAUUCUGUUUUCACAAAGAUCUACUGGGAAUCUGGAUGAACAAUCUCAUCAAAAUCUGUCUUUUGUGCCAUUUUUAUUUAGAUCACUAACAAUGUCGUGACUGACUCCUCCAAGUCUUCAUUUUCUACGAAACCUGCUCUGGGACCAACCUGGGCUCAUGUACCAAAUACCAGAUUGUUCAUACAAAGAAGUCCAAUAUCCCAGGUGGAUGGAACAGAAAGGGUUGCUACGUUAAUCAAGUCUUCAAGACAGGUACUACCCCUCAUUGUUUUUACUCUUUAAAAUCGGAUCACGUAAAAAUAAAGUAGCGAAAUGGCGUCUAGGGGACGAAUUGUACCGGUUCGAAAAUCAUGCACCAUGUACAUACAAUAAUGAUAAUGAUUAUGACGAAAAAUAUUUUAUUAUCCUCUACCAUUAUGGGUCUCAUCAAGGACGUGGUCAAAAUGGAACAUAGCAAAGUUCAGAAUGCUGAAUCGCAGCUGGUCAGGUAGAAAGCGAACCAGGUGGUUAUUUUACAAGAAUGGCCGUGGAUUUGAACUCAGGACAUACCAAGAACAAAUUCAGCUACCGGUCAGGAUAGGACUUCCAGUACUCUGGGCCGCCGGAUUACUGAAAGUCCAGCGCUCUGACUUCUCGGCGACCCUGCCUAAUAAUAAACGGCAUCACAGGGAAAGUGUUGCCAUGAGUUUUAAUGUUAAUCUGGAUUUCGUGCAAAGUCCCCAGUUAGAGGCAGUCAGUUCUUCUUGUUCGAGGUUAAAUUAGUUUUAGGAAGUGAGAAAAUUUUUCCCUACUGCGAGGUUUUCGGUUGAAAGAAUUACGUCAAUGUAAUCUUCUGCCUUUGGUUUGUUGCAGAAAUUACAUGUCUCCUGUGCCUUUUACAUACACAAUAGUGGGCUUCACAGUUAAAGGCCAGUUAGUCAGAACUGAACACCAUCAAACUUGGUAGUGACAUUGAGUCUACUGAAAAGCGGGGUGUGAAUUGAUUAUGCGGUGCGUUNAGGAUGAGAGCAAAUUUUUCCCUACUGCGAGGUUUUCGGUUGAAAGAAUUACGUCAAUGUAAUCUUCUGCCUUUGGUUUGUUGCAGAAAUUACAUGUCUCCUGUGCCUUUUACAUACACAAUAGUGGGCUUCACAGUUAA